UGGUAUUUGUCUUCUUCGGGAUUCAAUAAUAGUAUAACCCUCUGACAAGGGCUGUGGCUAUCGCUAAAUCUGGCUUAAGUGAAAUUUUGUUUGUCAAGCUGGAAUUGGUCAGUCAGAAUGUUUUGAAAUAAUUAAAUUUGUACUAUAAAUGCAAAAGCUAGAAUCAGUUACAACAUUCCAGUUUGCACUCCAAGAGUUUAUGACUGUUGCAAGGACUAGAUUCCUGUAGUGACAUAUUACCUAUAACCCGGUGAAGACAUAUUUUCAGCAUGAGAUUAAAGAUAUUAGUUUUCUUCAGUCUGUGCACUGUGUUCUCUGUGAAGUCUUUUAGUACAUAUUUAAACGCAGCAAUUGUUGGGUACAAAGACCGCACUAAUUUUGAGAAUUACGAAACUAUUGCCGAAACACUGGAAAAGAACUCACCUUUGCAUUUCUGUAAACUGAACUUAACGGAAGUAGCUUAUGAUAAAACAGACGGACCACAUGUUUACCAAAGUCUUACCUCUGCUCGGUCUUUAUUUGAUGAUGACCGAAUGGCUAUAGCUAUCGGUCCGUACAUCGAUGUCUUCACGUCCAUGCAAUAUGUGAUCCGGAAGCAGGUUCAUCUGGUUACCGAGUCUUCAAGACAGUCUGAGCCGUCAGAAAGAACCUUUCCGAUUCUUCCCGAAGCUUCUUCGAUGUCUACUGCGAUUGCACAAAUUGUUGAAAAACUUGAGUGGAAAAAAGUGGCGUUUUUAUCCCAAGGUGAUUUUGCACCUGUAUUGUCAUUAAGUCAAAAGAAUAUAUUUGUCUUCCCAACACAACUUCCGGUCAAUAUAACCAGUAAGGAUGACCCAGAUUUACGACAGACUCUAACAACACUACGGAUAAAUCACAUGGAAAAAUUCAUAUUGCAUUCAAUGGACAGAGAAGUUGUUAAGAGAGUCAUUUGUGCGGCGAAAGAUCUUCAUUUACUUCAUCAUUCCAGGAAGUGGUUUCUAACCUAUUUGGAUUUUGAAGAUAUAUUCGAUGCCAGCUGCUUUUCAACGUCUGCUACCCUGUACGGUUUACAGAUGCUUGAUCAUAACCAACUCACUACUGGAAUACCAGGAGAUUACUUUAAGAAAAAGUCCCGAUUUGAAGUUGCAGUACUGGUUGACACUGUGGAUAUGUUGCGUCAUUUCCUGUCCCAAGACACUGAUUGUAACGCAGAGCCGGAAAGGGACAGAUUUAUUACAAAAGAGAACAUCUUGGAUAAAAUGCAAGAACGGGAAAACCAAUAUAAUGGAGCUUUAGGAUCAUACCAUUGGACUCUUAAGCCUGGGACACAAAUUAGAAUAAAAACUAACUUCAACAUGAGUUUAACACGAUUGAAUGUUACAGUAGAACAGAUUGGUUCGUGUACUUUUUCUGAUAGUGGACCUAUCCUACGUGUGGACAAACCAAUGGACAGGGAUGUUGAUCACAAAUUGGAAGAAGUUUUGAAAGACAAAAAUUUCACCGUUAUUACUCGUUUAGACCCACCAUUUGUUCAGAGACGACAUGACGGUAGAUAUGAAGGUUUCUGUGUUGAUAUCUUAGAGGAAGUGUCCAGGAUAAUGAAUUUUGAAUAUAGCAUCAAACUGGCAGACAAUGGCGUUAGUGACUGGGACAAAAUCAUCAAUCAAAUAGUAAAAGGAGAUGGAGAUAUCAUUAUCGGAUCUUUGGACGUAAAAUCUUUACGUGAAGAGCAAAUAUCUUUUUCAACUACAAUAAUGGACUCCACUGUUAGCAUACUAUUACAGAAACCACCUGCUACGCCCACUUUCUUCCAAUUCCUCGGGCCAUUUACCUCACAAUUAUGGUUUACAAUCCUUGGUGUUUUCUUUGUUGUUGGAGGUGCACUUUAUCUGAUGGGAAGAUAUGAUACAACACAAAGAGAGUCGGAACAACAAUUUGAUCUGAAAGAAAGCUUGUGGUACUCUCUAAACGUUCUUUUACAAGGAGGAACUGAGUACUCACCUCAGACUACUUCUAUGAGAACAAUUGUUGCUAUUUAUUGGUUUUGUACUCUUAUCAUAACUACCGCCUAUACGGCUAAUCUUGCUGCUUUCCUCACGUUAAAAAAUAUUGACAACAGAGUGAAGACUGUGGAUGCCUUAGUCACACAAAAGAAGAUCAGUUACGGUGUUCUAAAAGGAAGCGAUUUAGAAAAAUUCUUUGAAAAGUCUGAUAAUGACGUUUAUAAAAGAAUGUGGAUACAUAUGAAGUUAGAUGAGGUCAAUCUCAUGCCAGAUAAGAGAGAGGUUGCAAGGAAAAUGGUUCAAGGGGAAAGUGAUAAAUAUGUGUUUUUGGACGACAGUGUAAUGAAUGACCACUAUGCUAUGGAACACUGCACUGAUUUAGAAUCGAUACAUCAAGGAUUCGGUGAUAAACAGUAUAGUUUUGGUUUUCCACGUGGUGCUCCUUAUAGAGAUGAUAUCAAUCGUGCACUGUUGAUGCUGCAGGAGAAUGGUCACUUAGAUAUUCUUAAACGAAAAUGGUGGCGUUCAAACUGUACACAAGCGGAAGUAGCGAAGAGCCAGAUAAAAUCCAGUUCCGAGUUAGAAAUUGAAAACAUGUUUGGUGUUUUUCUGAUUCUACUCGGUAGUAUUGUUCUAGCAAUCAUUGUUGAAGUUUCUAAGCGAGUGAGAGUUGAGAUAGAAAAACGAUGGUUUAAAAACAAAGUAAAAAAAGAGAUUUCAUAGAUACAAAGUAUAAACAGCAAAAUAGUCUGAUAGUGGAAAAUUUACACAUGGUUACUGGUCAAGAGUAAAAUAUUAUCUAAAACAAUGACAUAAAUCGCUAAAAUUGUCUACUGUUUAAAAUAAAAAUUCGAUAAUAACGUUA